AUGCACGGUGGAAACUUCCACAACCAUCCAGACGCGGAAGUGGUCGCGGUGUGCGACAUGGACCCGGAACUCCUUGCGAAAGCGGGAGAGCAGUUUAGGGUACCCGGGUAUCCAACAAUUGAGGAACUCUUGGCAAAUUGUGAUGUGGAUCUUGUGCUUCUCAUUGUUAAUGAGACUCGGCGCAUCCCGCCGCUGCAUCAGUUGCUUAAAGCCGGACAGAAUGUGUUCACAGAGAAACCUCUCUGUGGAUUGGAGGGACAAGAUCGAUUGCGUGAGGAAGACCUCCAAAUUGCGGCACCUGCUAUCGCAACGUGGCGCGACUCUCAUCUAAAAUUCGGGAUCGAUUUCAACUACCGAUUUAUGCACCAUUUUCGUAAACUGCAUGAUGAUGUUGCCGAAAAUCGGUUGGGUGAGAUCAAAAUGGUACACGCCCGUGCCCAUUUCAACUGUUGGUCCCAUGUUAUAGAUCAGAUCCUCUGGACGGUAGGGAGACCCGAAUGGGUGAGUGUUGUCGGGGAUCCGAAUGAAGCCGGUGGUUGGGGACGUUUAAUUCAUAUCGGCUGGGAGAAUGGCAUCAUCGGUUCCCUUAGCGGCACAAACCUAUGGGGUUACGACGAUCAUCCGCUUCGAGUUAAGGUUCUUGGCGAUGAAUUUUAUGCCGAGGCAAAAGGGCUGGAGGGUUCGUACUGCCGGCGAAAAGUGAAUAAUUCUGAAAUAGAGGAAGUCUGGGAAGCCGAGGCUGAUAGUCCAGAGAUGCCAGAGUCUUUCAAACGGAUGGCUGAUGGCGUGGUUAAAGCAAUGCAUGCCGACACACCCUUCCCCGCUGAUGGUGAAGCGGCGUGGAACGAACUGCUCUUUGAGGCGGCAGUCCACAGGUCAGCCUUGCAGAACAAUGCCCGCGUAUUUCUGAAAGAUGUUGAAGAAGAAGCAAGUGCCUAA